AUGGACAACACGCAGCGUCCGGCCGCUCUACAGGUGGCCGUCAUCUUGGCCAAUCAGGGCACGUCUUCCGUGGCGACGGAGUCGGGGAUACCCGAGGGGCGUGUCUCCGGGGGUGACGGACGGGUGGAGGCUCAGGUGUGGGGAGUGCGUUUGAAUCGUACUGACCCGCGCAGCGUCCUAAAUGGCCUCUGUGAACUCAUGGCGCGGCAGCCUCUACACGCCCUUGUGUUUGGAGACGACGGGGAACAGGAGGCGCUCGCCCAGAUGCUCGACUUCGUCUCCACACACACCUACAUGCCCAUCCUCGCCGUGCAGGGAGGGUCCGCCAUGACCAUGGCUCAAAAGGAAGUGAGCUCGUCGUUCCUGCAGUUCUCGGCCUCCCUCCAGCAGGAGGCGCUGGUGAUGCUGGCCGUCAUGGAGGAAUAUGACUGGCACACGUUCUCCAUUGUCACCAGCAAGUUCCCUGGAUACCAAGACUUCAUAUCAACGCUACGCUCCACCGUGGACCACAGUUUUGUGCGUUGGGACCUCCAGAGUGUGGUGACUCUGUCGUUGGACGGCUCGGGGCCGGGGUCUGAUGUCAAGGCCCAUGUGGAGCUGAAGAGGAUCCAAUCAGCCGUCAUACUCCUCUACUGCUCCAAGGAGGAGGCAGAGUUCAUACUGGCCGAAGGACAGAGCCUGGGGCUCGGGGGUGCAGGCUAUGUGUGGAUCGUCUCGAGCCUGGUGACGGGCAGCGCAUCCCCAUUGGUUCCUGAGGCCUUCCCUCCGGGCCUCAUCUCAGUAGCCUAUGACAGCUGGGGAUACCCGCUAGAGUCCCGCCUCCAAGAUGGCCUGGCGAUUCUAUUGGCUGCCGCUAACGCCAUGCACCGCGAGGACGGGAGGAUCCCAGACCCCGCCCCCAGCUGUAACACACAAUCAGGCGUUGAGGUGCCCAAAGUACCGCCCAGCGCACUGCGCAGGUAUAUGAUGGGUGUGUCGGUAGAUGGGCGUGACUUGUCGUUCACUGAAAAUGGUUACCAGGUCAACCCCAAGUUGGUCGUCAUGGUGCUCAAGCCAGAUCGGGAAUGGGAGAAGAUGGGUCGAUGGGAGAAUAACUCGUUGCAUCUGCGUUUCCCCGUGUGGCCGCGUUAUAACUCGUGGGGUGAUGCGGACGCGGACGAGAAGCAUCUGAGCAUCGUCACGCUGGAGGAGAAACCCUUCGUCAUCGUCGACGACGUGGAUAUACUGACGGGGACGUGUAUGAGGAACUCGGUACCAUGCCGAAAACACAUUAAAGAUAACUCUACAGAGGGGUCUUAUCGUAAGCAGUGCUGUAAAGGAUUCUGCAUCGACAUUUUGAAGAAGAUUUCUCGUAUUGUCAAGUUCACCUAUGACCUCUACCUGGUGUCCAAUGGCAAACACGGCAAGAAGAUCAACAACGUCUGGAACGGAAUGGUGGGAGAGGUGGUUUAUAAGAAGGCGGUGAUGGCGGUGGGCUCGUUGACGAUUAAUGAGGAGAGGUCGGAGGUCAUCGAUUUUUCGGUGCCCUUCGUGGAGACGGGAAUCAGCGUCAUGGUCUCCCGCAGCAACGGGACCGUCUCCCCCUCCGCCUUCCUAGAGCCAUUCUCUCCCUCGGUAUGGGUCAUGAUGUUCGUGAUGUUGCUCCUGGUGACUGCUGUUGCCGUCUUCCUCUUUGAGUUCAUCAGUCCGCUCGGCUUCAACCGCAACCUGGCGCAGGGCAAAGAUCCCCACGGCCCGUCGUUCACGGUUGGCAAGGCGAUCUGGUUAUUAUGGGGUUUGGUCUUCAACAAUUCGGUUCCGGUCCAGAACCCGAGAGGAACCACCAGCAAGUUCAUCGUCUCUGUAUGGGCCUUCUUUGCUGUCAUCUUCCUGGCUAGCUAUACUGCCAACCUGGCCGCCUUCAUGAUCCAAGAAGAGUUUGUGGACCAGGUCACCGGACUCAGUGACAAGAAGUUCCAGAGUCCGUACUCCUUCUCCCCUCCGUUCCGCUUCGGCACAGUUCCGAACGGCAGCACGGAACGGAACAUCAGGAAGAACUACCCGGACAUGCACCAAUACAUGGUGAAGUACCACCAGACUGGAGUCCAAGACGCUCUACUCAGCCUCAAGUCAGGGAAACUGGAUGCGUUCAUCUAUGACGCGGCGGUGUUAAACUACAUGGCUGGUCGCGACGACGGAUGUAAACUGGUGACCAUCGGUUCGGGAUACGUGUUCGCUACCACAGGAUACGGCAUUGCACUACAGAAGGGAUCCUACUGGAAACGACACGUAGACCUGGCUAUAUUGGGGAUUAUAGGAGACGGUGAGAUGGAGGAGCUGGAGGCUCAAUGGCUGACAGGAAUCUGCCACAAUGAGAAGAACGAGGUGAUGAGUUCCCAGCUGGAUAUUGACAACAUGGCUGGGGUGUUCUACAUGUUAGCGGCGGCCAUGGCUCUGGCCCUCAUUACGUUUCUAUGGGAACACCUCUUCUACUGGAGGCUACGGUUCUGCUUCACCGGACUCUGCUCCGGUCGACCAGGACUGCUCUUUACCAUCAGCCGGGGGAUCUGGAGUUGUAUUCAUGGCGUCCACAUCGAGCUAAAGAAAGCUCCGGAGUUGGAUUUCAGUCCUCAACAGAACAUGCUACACCUGCUAAAAUCCGCUAAGGAACUAGCCUCCGCAACCGCCCGCCAACCUGGACCCGGAGGCCCCGCCCCUUUCCCUCCACCUGCAAUACUUCAGAUCAUGGGUGCUGCCAAGGGCAACAACAACAACAGUCUGGUUGCCAAGGAUGCUCUUUACAGCAAGGACACGGUCUAUAGCAACACAGGCAGCCUGCUUAGCAACCGGCUCAAGGAGUCGCUCAACCCCCUCAACAACAACCCCCUGUUACCCGGGCAACGCGCCAUAGGGGCGCUGGGCACGCUGGGACUAGGGGACGGCGGCGGAGUUCCGACCAAUGGCGGUGCCCGUAAGCCUGCGGUAAGCCGGUGGAAGAAGUCAGUAGAGACUCUACAGCGUCAGGGGGCCCAGUCCACCAGCGAAGAGGACACCCAGCAGCCCGCUGUCACGGCAACCACCGCCUCCGUAUCCAUGGCAACCAUGAAGAGCCAGCGUUACCUGCCCGAGGACGCGCCCCCCGACCUCUCCUCAGGCCCCGAGGUCAAAGGUCAAGGUCACCCGGGGGUCGGCAACAAGGAUCCCGUCCUGCGGAAGCGAGGAGGAGGAGUUGGAGGGGGAGGAGUUGGCCGUCUGACACGUGACCUGAGCGAUCUCGAGUUGUGUACGUUACGUAGCCAGCAGAGCGCCAGCCUGCAGAGCAACCACACCACCACCGGGGGCAGUGUUCUACACCACCUCUUCAGUCAGAGUAGUCAGGGGAGCCAGGCGGGUGUGUACUCCAUCAACUCCUCAUUGGACCAGGAGCCCGUAGUUCCCGCCUCCUUACACUUCCCAGACCUCUUCAGUGGCCACACACCCCCGCCGCAGCAACAGCCAAUCACCAUGCUGCAGCUGAACAGCAGCUUGUUGACCAGUCCUCCCCCCCACCACCCGGACGUGAUGGCCAGUGCAGUUGCUAAGGAGAAGAAGUUUAACACGGCCAUGUACAGCAAGCCAGAGGGACCAGACAAGAAGUACAACACCUACGGGAAGUCGACAGGGCAGGGAGGAGGGGCCACCCACUGCCGCAGCUGCCUGUCUCGCCUGGGUGGCUACUCAGGUCUGUACACCGUCCGCUCCCCACCUCUACGCUGUGAGAACUGCAUGCACCUGGCAGGCCUCUACGACAUCAGUGAGGACCACCAGCACCAACAACAUAGCGACCCGGAGCAGGGAGAUGAGGACGUGGGAGGAGUGCUCAUCAGCCACUUCCAGGGCGACGGCGGCCCACCGCUCUCCUCAUCGCUACGACGACAGCACUCGUACGAGAACCUCCCUCCGCACCUGGGGCCGCGCCGCGUCAGCCUGCAGGACUACGCCAACGCCCCGUACGCCAACCUGCCGAGCGCUCACCACACCAACAUGCCCUCCUCAUCCUCCGCGUCCGCCAACCUCCCAUCUUCUUCCUCAGCCUCAGCUGUGCCCGGCGGCGGUCUGGGGCUGGGAUUGGGUUUGGCUGCUGCUGGUGUGAGUGGGCUGGGCGUCGGCCGGAGGAGCAAGUCUCUGUACCCCCUGCCCACCUCGUCGUCCUCGCCAUCGGACGUCAACCCCUUCCUGCAGACUAGCGGUCUCCGUGGUGAUGAGCUCCACCACAUGACGCACGGCCACAGCUCCACUGACAUCUACAAGCAACUGAUAACGCCGCUCACACUAGGCCACGCCCCUCUCACGCUGGGACACUCUCCCCAUGGCCACUCCGGUCACCAUGGACUGUCGUCACAUCAGGCACAGGCGGCCGCCAUGUUGGCGUCAGAGGCGUUCUACCCGGAACAUGUGAUGCCAUACGCAGGCGCCGCCAUGCCCAUGCCCAUGAUGGCGGCCCCGUACCCGAACCCGGUACCCGGCCCAAGGGCCAUGAGCGCAGGUGGCGCACGACGACUAUACAAGAGAAUGCCAAGCAUUGAAUCUGAUGUCUAG